GAGAAGACACUGAAAAUGUUGAGCCUGCAUGGAUUUCAGCCUUCCCUCCUCACUCCAUUCAUGAGGAUUCACUGCCCAGUGUGCAGUCUGUGGCCGGAGAUCGAUUAUUACAGACACACUGACCUACUGCAGGAGAUGAGGAGCAGCCUGGAGAAACUUCAGCACACAAUCUCUGAGGAGAUCCAGCAAAUGUCAAACUUUGAAGAGAUCCAGCCGCUCACCUGUACAGUGCAGGAGAAAGAGGGAAGUGGCUUUAAGUUGAUACUGGACACUAAAGACUUUUCCCCAGAAGAACUGUCAGUCAAACAGGUGGGCAGGAAGCUGCAGGUGAGCGGAAAGACAGAGAAGAAGCAGGAGGAUGGGAAAGACUCGUACUCGUACAGAAUCCAAGAGUUCAGACGUGUGUUUGAUCUGCCUGAAGGAGUGAAUCCUGAGACAGUGACCUGCUCCAUGACUGAUGGAAAGCUCCACAUACAGGCAUCAGUCAAUCAGAUAUCUGAAACACCUGAGAGGAUGCUGCACAUUCACUGCCCUCAAACUGUGAAGACAACACAGACAGAGACUGAAAAGAUUCAAAACAACACCACUGAAACACACAAGACUGAUCAGCAAUCUUAAAAACUCUCAACAGAAGAUCAAUUCAACAGAUUUGGACUGUGUGAGGCAAUUUAUGAGAUGAACUUUAGCUUUAUAUCAUGUUUUAUUUAUAAUAAUUAUUUGUAUUCUUUAAUGUGUAAGAUUAUUUGAUAUUUUUAUAUUUUAAUUAUUUUAUUUUCAUUUUCUUGAACUGGAUAAAAUAAACAUAUUUAAAAUCAGAUAUUUUCUUGUCUUUUUUUGGUUCCUUCUUUACUUGGAGUGUUUGAAAAAUGAGAGGCAAUAAUUUGUAAAAAAUGCUUUUCUUUUUUAAAAGCUUUGUAUUAUGAAUCAGUUUUAUGAUAUAUCUCGAGCUUGAUGUUUUGAAAUAUCUGAAAUUGUAGUCAUUUAUUUUUUUCU